AUGUCCUGCCAUGGGGACGAUUUCCUGGCAGAAGGCCCAGCCGAGGGCUUGGACAGAUUGGACGAGGUGAUGAGGGAAGGUUUCGAAGUGAAAGCUGGGUUCACUUGGCAAGCAGAUCCGAAGUACGCAAAAUUUCUUGUCAAGGAAAUGGGCCUGGGAGGCUGCAAAGGAGUAGACACACCAGUGUCAAAAGAAACAGGAAAGAAUUCCAGGGAUUUGGACAAAGCCCUGACAGAAGAGGAAGCUAAGAUCUUCCAAGCUCGCCGGGACGGCGCUGUAUCUGCCGGACGGUAUCUGGCAAAGUACCCAACAGAGACGUGGGUGUUUGAACAUCAGGACGAACCGAAGGAAAUCCUGGGGUGUACACGGAGUCAGACUGGGGUUGUGCCAAGAAAGCCGAAAGUCGAUGAGCUCCUUAUAGCCAUCAGACUAGGAUCGCACUUGUUGGACACAUCGUGCGGCAAGCAGAUCGACUAUACUGUGGCGCUCACCCGCGGAUCGGCAGCAACGAUCAUGGUGCAGAAUAUCCUCGCGCAGAUGGAUCGCAAAUACAAACUGGCAUGUCUGACAGACUCAUCAGCUGCCAAAGGCAUCUCACACCGACGUGGAGUCGGCAGAGUCAAGCACUUUGAACUGGAAGAACUCUGGGUGCAGGAUAAGGUCGAUAAAGCUGAACUGGAAGCCCAAGGCCCAGAAGAAUCUGGCGACGCAGACUACAGCUUUCUGCUGCGCCCACAGUGUCAGCGGGAAUCCCCGCGACUACUGACCAAACUGAGUUCCCUGUGGGUAGAUCCGCAGGAACAGCGGGAUCCGGAGUUGCUCGAAGUGCCCCCAAGACCGGGCUUCGAAGUGUUCCUCUACUUUGAAGAUGAAGUGAGGUGGGGCGACGGCAUGGUUUAUCUCUCCAAUGAGACGCACAUCAUGGCGGCCAUCCCCACCGUGGCCAGGUCUUUGCGGGGAGGGAAAACUGACUGA